AAGAAAAUGACGGCGGCCAUGCUGUUGCUGGUGGGUCCUCCGUGGCCGACAGCCCCGGGACUCCUCAGGAACUGUUGGGAGCGACUGCGGCGGAAACUUCAGCAGAACCGGCCAGGCUUGCCCAGUCUUCCGUGGGGACCAGCAUUAGCAGUCCAAGGUCCAGCUACAAUUACAGAACCAGCAAAUGAUAAUCAUGGAAGUAAGGAGAUUUCCAGCCUUUUGGAUAGUAUCUUUUGGAUGGCUGCUCCCAAAAACAGACGCAGCAUUGAAGUUAACCGGUGUAGGAGAAGAAACCCUCGGAAGCUCAUUAAAGUUAAGAACAACAUAGAUGUUUGUCCUGAAUGUGGUCACCUGAAACAGAAACAUGUCCUUUGUGGCUACUGCUAUAAAAAGGUGUGCAAGGAGACUGCAGAAAUCAGAAGACAGACAGGGAAAACAGAAGGGGGCCCUUUUAAGGCUCCUACCGUAGAGACCGUGGUGCUGUAUGCGGGAGAGACACCAUCUGAACAAGAUCAGGGCAAGAGGAUCAUUGAACAAGCCAGGAAGCGACCGUCCUGGUUCACCCAGAAUUGACACCAGAGAUGUUUAAAGAGGAUAACUUAACAUAAAACAUUUCUCCUGAAAGAGAGGAAGAAUCCUUGUUUUUAAUAUUUUGUGCUUGUUUUAAAAAUCAUCAAUAUAGCAUAAAACAUUCUUCAUGAGUAGUU